GAGAAAAUUUGCAAAAAUUCUUCAAAAAAAUGUCAAUAAGCAAUGGUUGGUCGUCGUCGUCAAUUAUAUCCGACGUGCUGCCAGAAGAAGAGUUUGAAGAAGUUGAAGAAGACGAGCUGAUACUCAAUGAGAAUGAUCGGUUGAAAUUUCGAGUUGAUGAACUGGAGAAGAUUGUGGUUGCUCAAAGGAAUGAAAUCCUUCUUUUACAAAGCUCUACAGUAGAAAUACUGCGAAGGCUACAAAAUCUUGAAAUACAAGAUCAAUCGAGAUCGCCCACAUGUUCAGGAUACAGUUCACUUCCUCGUCGAAUUUCGGGGUCGAAAAGCUCAUAUACAAUGUCUCCGUCACAUGCUCCACCUCGCUCAUCUCAUGCGAAUUCCAAAAGUCUUUACAUAAAUGGAAUGAAUAAUAAUUCAGAGGAAGUUUCACCCGGUCCACCACGCCACCGCCCACCAACACGGGGAAGUGAUGGUAUGGUGAAUGUGUCCGUUGGCAAAUCAGCUAGAGGAUCACCAAUGAGAAAAUGGGUAUCCACGCAUGACAUGAAAGAUACCGAUAGGUUUAGAAGACUAUCAACAUCGUCGGAAGCAAGUACCAGUGCAACUAUGAAUCCUAUUGUGAAUAGCGUUAGACGACUAUCCACCACUCACCGUCAAUCAAGCCCCUCACUAUUGUCACUAUGCUCUGUGAUUUCCAGAAGUCCCAGCACUUCAUCAAUUUUGCGAAAGAACAAUAGGACUUGUCAAUUUUCAAAUGGCAGUGGCCACCUUCCAAUAUUCAUCGGAGGAAAAACUGUGCAAGUUCCGGUGCCAACUGGUUAUGAGAACAUGGACCCGACUAUGGAUCAAGAUCCCCCAACUAUGAAAGUUACAUUGAAGCAUGUCUACAGCUAUCGUGGUAAGGAUGUUCGUUCAAACAUCGAAAUGCUUCCAACUGGAGAACUGGUGUUCUUUUCCGCAAAUUUGGUAGUUUUGAUGAAUAUUACUGGCGAAGAUCGUAGUCAACGCAUUUAUCAUGGACACACUUGCGAUGUUAAAUGUAUUACCCUCCACCCAAACAAGAUUUUAGUAGCUUCCGGACAAUCUUCAUGCCACUCGGUAGAAAAAUUUCAAAAACCUGAACACACGUCUCCGAUAGAUUCGCCAGAAGAUCUCGUGAGACAGUUAGAAAUGGAACAUACAGAAGCUCAUGUCAGAAUUUGGGAUACGAUCAAGCUAACAACGUUAAUGGUUCUAAAUGGAUUUGAAAAGGGCAUAUGCCACGUGGCCUUCUCUAAGACAGAUUCGGGAUCAUUAUUGGCAGUUGUGGAUGAUUCUUUGAAACAUUUGAUGUCUGUUUGGAAUUGGCAAAAGGGAAAAAGAGAAGGCGAAGUUAAAGCGUCCAAUGAUGUAGUUUUCGAGUGCAAAUGGCAUCCAACAAUUCGAAAUCUGAUAGUUCUAUACGGAAAAGGACACUUUUCAUUUUUCAACUAUGAUCCAGCGACGGGGGUUCUUGUGAAAACUGUAGCUACUUUUGAGGGACGAGACAAGCCAAAAACAGUGUUAAGUAUGUGUUUUGGGGAAAAUGACCAAGUGGUCACUGGAGAUUCUAAUGGAACAAUUUCUAUUUGGGAUCCGAGAACUUGUAAAACGACAAAGCAGGCUCAUUCUGUGCACCCCGGUGGAGUGUACUCGUUGACACUUGCAAAAUCCGGGAAGAUACUUUCUGGUGGAAAAGAUAGAAUGGUUUCUGAAUGGGAUCUUCAAGAUUUGGUUCGUACAAGACGUCCAAUCGAAUUGCCGGAUGAGAAAGGUUUCCCACGUGUUAUACUUCAAAAUGGAAGCGAAUUGAUAAUUGGCACUUCAUCAAACACACUUUUGUUUGGAAAUAUCGAGAACUCAACAAAUUUGACAAGUUUGAUAGAGGGAGACCCUGGGAACCUAACUUUUCUUUUGACGUGCAGUUCUAAUCAACUAAUCACUUCUUCUCAAUGCGGAACACUUCGAAUAUGGAAUCAUAUUGACAAAAAAGUAGAAUUUUCCAAGAAAUUCAUAGAUUCAGUGGAAUGUGUUGAUGUUGAUGUUACGAAUACUCACAUCAUAUUAGGAUUUGCUGCAGGACUUUGGAUUGUGAUGAACAUUACCAAACAGCAAACGAUUCAAGAGAAAAAAGAAGGGACUGCUCCCAUUACGGCAGUGAAAUUUGCUCCAAGUGGAGCUACAUUCGCAGUUGCAACGAAGGAUCCUCAUCUCACUAUCUAUCGCAUCGAUGCAUCUAAAAAUUUGCUUGUUAUUGCUCGAAUUCAUCAUAUUCCCGCUCCAAUUGUUGCCCUAGAUUUUUCAUCCGAUUCUCAAUAUUUACGAGGACAGUCUAUUGGAGCGCAUUUACUAUUUUGGACGAAAGCCGGAGAAAUUUGUGAUGGAACAUCUGUAAAAGAUGUGAAAUGGGGUAGUUCAAGGGUGAAAAUUGGUUUUGAAACUGCUCUCGUUGCACAUUCAUCAAAUGGACAAGUAACUGCUGUUGCUCAGUGCGAGGACAUUUCAGCAUGUGGCAUGGAAAAUGGUACAAUCCGGAUAUACAAAAAUCCAGUAACCAGUGUAACGGCCGGUUUCGUUGAACUUCUUGGACACGGAAGGAUUAUUAAAAGUGUUGCAUUCUCAAACAAAAUUCAACUGUUCUCAUGUUCGCCAACUGAUAAUUCGGUUUUUGAAUGGUGCCUGGAAUAAUUUUCGUUUGUAUUUUUGAAAUAAAUUUCCUGUGUCUC